AUGUUUAGGCUACUGAUACCGUGCCUGUUAUGGCUGUCAACGGUGCGCUCGGAGGCCGGGAUGCACAUGGGCAUGCCGGCCGAGCCGCUGAUGGACAAGAUGUCAGACGCCUCGAUGCUGAAGGCAAAGAGAGAUUCCAUCCACCAACCUUGCGAGCCGCUCUACCCGCACGUUCACGGCGCUUACUCCCCGCCGCCGGUCUACGUUAAACCCCUGAUCCAACCGGCCUACUUGAAGAAAGAGUUGGGCAUAGCGCAACCCUUUGCACCAGCUCAUUUGCAGUACGUUCAACAGCCGCACGCCUAUCCCGCCGUGGUGCCGAAACCGGCCAUCACGUACGUGAAGCCGGUGACGCCUGCGAUAAACUAUCACGCGGCGCAGCAUCAUCAGUCGUUGCAGUACAUCAAGCCCGUGAUGCCCAUCUACCAGAGUCCUAUUAUGCCGUCCUACGCGCCGAUCUAUCAGAAGCCGCUGCACUACGCGCCCAUGUACCAGAGCCCCUUGUACCAGAGCCCCUUGUACCACGACGCGAUGCCGAAGAUAUUCCUCAAGAAGUACGAGGCGCCUGUCGCCCAGAUACUCUACCAGAAACCGCUGGUCCACGCGCCCGCCGUUCAAUACGCGUCACCGAAGGUGGUGCACGUACAGGCGCCGCAGGUGUCCUACGUGAAACCUGUGGUCCACGCACCACCAUCCGUGUACGGCCCGCCGCAGGUUCACAAUUCCGUUAUAGUCAAGCCUUAUGCAGAGCCUCAUUGUGCGUAG